AUGCAAAACUUGCUUAGAUUUUGCCUAAGUUUUCCAUUCCGGAUGGAUAUGCAACAAUCCGGGGUAAACAGCCCAUUACCUUCCACCAGCAGGUCAAAAUAUCCCCACCACCUUCUCCCACUCUCGCCCUUUCCUUUGUUCCCUACUACAGUGGCGCUAGCAAACUUAGGCAAACUGCCAUCAAAUUGA